UGAGAAACCACCCAGUCAGCUGAUUGCUUAGCAGCUGGUUGUGUUUCUGACACUUCUAAAGGAAGCAUAGAGUUCUGCUGACACUCAGCUCUGGACAUCAUCACGGUAACAGCAGCUGAUGACCUGUUCUGAAGAAAAUUCUGCUCCUUGAGGCAAAAUGGAUAUUUCAGAUGGCUACCAAUUUGAGUCCUUUGAUUAUAAUAAUAAUUACACUUAUUAUUACACUGAGGACUAUGGGGGCAAUUUUACUCCCCAUGAGGAGCCAGUUGUUCAGCACAAAUCAACAUGUUUCAGUGAAGUCCUCUGUGUGACUCUGCUGUUGGUCACUGCAGUCAUUUUUUUGCUGGGCUCCGUUGGAAAUGCUUUGGUGAUCUGGAUCGCUGGCUUCAGGAUGAAGAAGACGAUCAACACCACCUGGUACCUGAGCCUCGCCAUCUCGGACUUCAUCUUCUGCGCCUGUCUCCCCUUCAGCAUCACUCACAUGGCCAUGGAUAACUGGAUCUUUGGCCUGUUCAUGUGCAAGUUCACCUCCUUCGUUAUGUUUGUCAAUAUGUUUAGCAGCAUCUUCCUCCUUGUCAUCAUCAGUGUCGACCGCUGUGUGUCUGUGAUGUUCCCAGUUUGGGCCCAGAACCACCGCUCUGUUAAAAAGGCGUCUGUUGUUGUUUUUCUGGCUUGGGUUUUUGCCGUCGCCCUCAGCCUUCCCUCUAUCAUUUUUCGAGAUGUUGCUACGCACAUGGGUAAAACCAGUUGCUAUAACAAUUAUAACUCAGACCGACACAUUCACAAGAUAAUUGGAGUGGUGCGCUUCCUAGCUGGGUUUGUCAUCCCAUUCCUCAUCAUCAUCAUCUGCUACUCUAUCAUCAUCCUCAAAAUUAAAACCAACAGAAUGACCAAAAUCUCCAAACCGUUCAAAGUCAUGACUGCACUCGUUGCUGCUUUUUUUACCUGUUGGCUUCCAUACCAUGUGUUUGUCCUACUUGAGCUCAACCACCAGAACUACGACCACAAUGUUAUAACCAUUGGCCUCAAAGUUGGAACAUCUGUGGCAGCAGCAAACAGUUUCCUCAACCCUGUCUUAUAUGUUUUCAUGGGCAAUGACUUUAGGCAGAAAUUUAAGAGCUCAGUCAUGUCAAAAAUGGAGAGUGCGAUGGGAGCGGAGGGAGCGGAGGGCCGAACCACAAGCCUGUCUCGGUACCUGUCUCGGUCCAGCUCCGUGGACGGCAGAGCCUCUACACACAUUUAGUAGUUUCACACUGUAAACUGAUACUCAGUCACCCUCUGACCGACAACACAUCUUGUAAAAUAUGUAAAUUGAUUAACAGCAGAUAUGAUAAAUGUCUUCUCUCACUAUGAAUCAAGUCAGUAAGGAUUCACCAUGCAAGGUUUGAAAAAGCUGCUACUUGUCUUUCACAGCAAAAUCAGCAUCUACAAAUCUAA